CCUCUGCCCCCCGCCAUGCGUGCGUGCGCCCCGCUGCUGGCCGCGCUGGCCGUGCUGGCUGCGGCUCGGGCCCCCCCCGCGGGCUGCCCCCCGCGCUGCGACGUGUCCCGCUGCCCGAGCCCGCGCUGCCCCAGCGGCUACGAGCCCGACGCGUGCGGCUGCUGCCUGCGCUGCGCGGCGGGCGAGGGCGAGGCGUGCGGGGCGCGGGGCGCGCCGGGCUGCGGGGACGGGCUGGGCUGCGUGCGGGGCCGCUGUCGCUGCCACUCCGAGCGCCCGGCCUGCGGCUCCGACGGCCGCACCUACGCCAGCCCCUGCGCCCUGCAGACGGCCGCCCGCCGCGCCCGCGAGCUGGGGGCGCCUCCCCUGCGACCCCAGCCCGGAGCCUGCCCCGCGGGUGUGCACCAGCCUAGCAGCCCCAGAUACAAGUUCAACUUCAUCGCCGACGUGGUGGAGAGGAUCGCGCCUGCCGUGGUGCAUGUGGAGCUGUUCCUCAGGCACCCCCUAUUUGGCCGCAACGUGCCCCUGUCCAGCGGCUCCGGCUUCGUGGUGUCCGAGGCUGGACUGAUAGUCACCAACGCACACGUGGUGACCAGUGCCAAGGCCACGGCCGGGCGCCCCCACCUCAGGGUGCAGCUGCUCAGCGGGGACGCUCAUGAGGCCACCAUCAGGGACAUUGACAAGAAGGCGGACAUCGCCACCAUCAAGAUUCAGCCCAAGGGCCCACUCCCGGCUCUGCUGCUGGGCAGCUCCAGGGACCUGCGUCCGGGCGAGUUCGUGGUGGCCAUUGGGAGCCCCUUCGCCCUGCAGAACACGGUGACCACCGGCAUCGUCAGCUCCGCCCAGCGUGACGGCCGCGAGCUGGGGCUGCGCGACUCGGACAUGGACUACAUCCAGACGGACGCCACCAUCAACUAUGGGAACUCGGGGGGUCCCCUGGUGAACCUGGACGGCGAGGUCAUUGGCAUCAACACACUCAAGGUGGCUGCCGGAAUCUCCUUUGCCAUCCCUUCCGACCGCAUCUCACGCUUCCUCGAUGAGUCCCUGGGGAAGCCGGGCAGAGACUCAAAGAAGCACUUCAUUGGCAUUCGCAUGCAGACUAUCACACCCAGCCUGGUGGGUGAGCUCAGGGCCAGCAACCCGGACUUCCCGGCCGUGAGCAGCGGGGUCUACGUGCAGGACGUGCUGCCAGACUCGCCUUCCCAGAGGGGCGGCAUCCAGGUGGGCGACGUCAUCGUGAAGGUGGACGGGCGGCCGCUGGGGGGCUCGGGAGAGCUGCAGGAGGCCGUGCGCACGGAGGCCGCGCUGUUACUGGAGGUCCGGCGGGGCAAUGAAGACCUGCUGUUCAGCAUCACGCCCACCGUGCUGCCGGGACCCUGACCCGGACGUGGGACCCCCGGCCCCCAGGAUGCGGGACCCCGGCCCCCAG